GCUGCGGUCGCUCAGUUGAGUUUCGGUUGCCAACGCGUGGUGGACAGUCACAGUCCCAUUCCCCGUCCCAGUCAUCGAUUCGUUGCCAUGAUUACGCCUUCGAGUGGCUUUACGGGUCUUGUGCUGGUGGUGGCCGCCGUAGCCCUGUCUGGGGUCAGUGGGUCCCUGCCCACUCGCGAUCGGUCGCUGCGGCUGCCCAACGAGACAUAUCCGCUGGACUACCAGCUGCACAUCUCAACCAACAUCCAUCUGGGGAAUCUGCUCUUCAGCGGAAAUGCCACCAUUGACGUAGCGAUCAGGCAGUCGACGAACGAGAUAGUUCUACACGCCAAGAACCUGAGCGACUUCCAGAUUACUGUGCACCAGCUGACACAGUCGGGAUCUGUCGAUGUUGUCGAUGACCUUACCCACACAUACAAUGCCCAGGCCGCUUUCCUCAUCAUCCAUCCACGCGAGAACUAUCAGGCCUUCGAGGCUGGUCAGCGCUACCGCGUGGAGAUUCUCUACACGGCCAUAAUGAGAUCCCGGCCCAUGGGCCUCUACUGGAUGGACUAUGUGGAUGAGGCGACCAAUCGGACCGUAUAUGUGGCUGCCACGCAAUCAGAGCCGACCUAUGCGCGUCUGAUCUUUCCCUGCUACGAUGAGCCCGGCUUCAAGUCGAACUUCAGCAUCCGGCUGACCCACGGUAUCGACCACUCGGCCAUAUCUAAUAUGCCCGUCAAGGAGGUGCAGCAACAUGGUGAACUGGCGACGACACUGUUCGAGGCAACGCCGCCAAUGUCUACCUAUUUGGUGGCAUUUGUGAUCUCCGACUUUGGCCACAUUUCGGAGACGUAUCGCGGGGUCACGCAGCGCAUCUACUCCUCGCCCAGAUCGAAGGAGAAGGGGCAGAGUGCGCUCAAGAAUGCAGUGCGCACGGUGGCCGCCAUGGAGGAUUAUUUCGGUGUGAGCUACCCGCUGCAGAAGCUGGAUCACAUUGCGCUGAAGAAGAACUACGGCGCUGCCAUGGAGAACUGGGGUCUCAUCACCUUCAAGGAGGGCAAUCUGCUGCAGCAGGAUGCGGGCGAUGUGCACAAGCGGGUGAAGGACAAGAUCACGCAGAACCACGAGAUUGCCCAUCAAUGGUUUGGCAAUUUGGUGUCGCCCGAAUGGUGGUCAUAUGCCUGGAUGAACGAGGGUUUUGCCACCUACUUUGCCUAUGUCAUCACGGAUCUGCUCUAUCCCGAGGACAAGGUGAUGGAUAUGUUCGUGUCGGAUGAGGCGGAUCGCGCCUACAGCUACAACAGCUUCUUCGACGUCCGGCCGAUGACCUCCUACGUGGAGACUGAAAAGGAAAUUAUGGCCAUCUUUGAUAUCAUCACCUACAAGCGAGCCGCCUGCGUCAUCAAGAUGUUCCACCACGCCUUCCGGCAGAAAAUCUUCGUGCGGGGCAUAAGUCGCUACCUGGAAAAAUACAAGUACAGCGUGGCCAACGAGCUGAACCUGUUCGAUUACCUGCAGGCGGAGCUGCUGGAGGAUGAGCAUUUCCGGCAGCAGCCGUGGGUGCACCGGGUGCGGGAGAUCAUGCUCUCCUGGACGCACAGCGAGUGGAUGCCCAUUGUGCUGGUGACGCGCAAUUACGAGAAUGACACGAUCACCUUCAGCCAGCGCUCGAUACACUCCAAGAGCGAGCACUGGUGGAUACCAUUGAACUUUGCCACUGCCCAGGAGCCCGGCUUCGAGGACACACAAGCCGAUCUGUUCAUACUGCCCCAGACGCAGCAGUCCCUCUCGCUGGCAGAGCUGAAACUGCAGCUGAGCGGUCGGGACUGGCUGAUCGUGAACAAACAGCAGACGGGCUUCUACCAUGUCCACUACGACACCGACAAUCUGCGGGCCAUUGCCCGCCAGCUGCGGCUAAACCACACGCUCAUCCAUCCGGUGAACCGGGCCGCCCUGUUCCGGGACCUGAAGCCACAGAUCGAGCACACGGAGCUCGAGGAUAUCGAUGUGGUGCUGGAUAUGCUGAAGUACAUGGAGCUGGAGGAGGAUCUGCUGCCCUGGAACCAGGUGGGCGACACCAUAGACUUUGUGCGACGCAAUCUCUUUGGCACCCCCACGCUGGAGCUGUUCAAUGAGUUUGUGCGUCACCUGGUCACGCCCAUGUUCCGGCGCCUGUUUCGCGACAAAGCCUCCGGCGAGGCAUCGAACAGUGCGCUGGAGGCGGGCCAGGAAAUUCUGCUAAUGGCCUGUCUGGCCGAUCUGCCAGAGUGCCUGGACUAUACGCGCACCUUGGCCAAGGAAUACAUCUUCCAGAAGGUGAAUGUGACCAAUGAAUCCGAAUACUAUGCCAUGUACGACACCAUCCUGUGCCUGGGCGUGCGCUACCUGAGCGACAAAGAGUUCUAUGGGGUCAUUGGCAUGCUGCAGGCGGCCGAUCGUAGCUCAAUCUACUACGAUGACAUGAUCUACUCGCUGCGCUGUACGCAGAGCCACAGCCAUUUGCUGUACUUCUUGGAGCUGCUGCUGGGCGAGAACUCGACGCAUCUCAUCCUAAGCGACCCGGAGUCCAUGAUGUAUCUGUCCUAUUUGUAUAAAUCGAAUAUGGAAGCUCGGUCUGUGAUCUGGCAGUACAUCGGUCGCAACUACAAGCUGCUGUGUAGAUCGCCCAACUUUGUGGAGAAUUUCAAUCAAAUAGCCGAGUUUGUGCCGCGACAACAAAGAUCACAGUUUGUUAUGCUGCGCCAGAACAUAGCUGAAUAUAUGGAGGCAGAGAGCCUCAAUGCAGGUCAGGCACUGAUCGACAUCGAUUCGGGACUGGUGGGCAAGAAGAUGCAAAACACCGAAGUGUUUGCCGAUAAAUACGAGCGGAAGAUCCACAACUGGCUGAUCGCAGAGGUGCCGCAAAUGUCCGCCCAAAAAGAAGCGCUUCAUGCAGCCUCCCUUGGUGUGGGCAAUGGCUCGAAUCGGCCACAGAGCCUCCUGACUAUGGCCAGUGAAGUGGUACAAAAUGCGUUACGAUCUAUAGAUCGAUCGCUAUAUAGAUGAUAAUGAUUGUGUUUGCCUCAAGCACGGGCAGACUCAAUUACAAAUAAAUUAAUUCUAAUUCAACAAGUCAUUCGGAUGU